AAUCUGAAAAGAAUUGCAGUCAUGAUCCCGAAGAUAUUGCAGUUUAGAUGUCAGUAAAUGUAGCGAAUAUCGAACAUAAAACCAACUUCACCGCGCAAUACAACCACUACCAAUAAUUAAUACAUAAUUAAAAAAAGUUUAUACGCGCAAAUAGAAUUUUAAAUAAACACCUAAAGCAUAACAUAAACGUCUUCUAUAUACAAAAACAUUUCAUCUUGAUAUUACAGAUUACGAAACUGUCUGGCAAUAAACGAAAAAAUCCUCCCAAAAAUGUAUGCAAAAAUAGAAGCGGGCAUGUACUUGCAUACGCCCUGAUCCUCACGCGUGUACUCCGUCUCACAAACUCCAAAGACGAAUGGCCGCUGUACAUCAGCAGGCAGAGUAGAACUAGAGCGGUUCCGUGAGUAACGCCCCUUCGGCGAAUAUCUCAUCACCAGCGAUCUGUACACUUUCCAGUUCGUCCGAUGUAUAGUUAGUUCAACAAGGAAAACUGAAAGAAAUAAAAGACCAGUUUGUCUUUUUCAUUAUUUUAGAGUCAUGACAGCGAAACAACGGAAUAAGAACACUGCGGUUGUAAAGAACUCAAAUCCAGAUGACGUGGCAAAGCGGAGUCCGAAAGCCAGCGAGCCGGCUGGCCCUGUCGCUGCGAGCUCUGCCUCGGGAAGUUGCUGGAGUUUCUUGGCAUCCUUGUGUUACCUAGCCCUUGCAGUAGCGGCGGGUUUCACCGCGUUUUAUGUGCAAGCGGUACGGGAGGAUGUUCGUCAGAUCACCGGCAGGAACGAAGAACUGACAAACCGGAAUGCCGAGGUGGCCAGUAAAAUAGAAGUGGUUCGUCAAGAGGUGGAUUCUGUGAAGGAAACAGUGGCCAAGUUUGACUCUGCUCUCAGUGGGGUGAGGGCAGAGCUUGACACUAUGGGACGGGCCCAACAGAGAGUGGAGUCAGAGACACAGCGGAUGGAAGAAGCACUGCAAAGACUUCAGAAGGAGAUCUUGAAAGAUCUGUCAGAUGGAAUCCAGGAAGUGAAGCAGACACGACAGCGGGACUUCUCCUCACUGGAGCAGGCCGUGGAGGAGCGCCUGGCAGAGCUGAGUACCUCCAUCGGUGACAGUGUGGCAGGAGUGGCUGAAGUGCAGGGUGAAACACAGAGUCAGCUGCAGGACCUACGUGUGCGGCUGGAGGGCCUUGCUAACCCAGAGAAAUUUAGGCAGGAGCUGCAGAGUCUGGCUGAUUCCAUGAUCAAGCUUCAGGCUGACAGCAUGGUGGUGGAGAAGACCACAAACUCACUGGCUGAACAGAUAGGUGCUGUCGGAGCAGAACUCCAAACCAGGAACCAGGAGGUGGCAUCCCAAUCCCAGGAGAUUGUAUCUGUGAGGGAGCUAGUGCAGAGCACAAUUGGGACACUAAGGCAGUCUAUGUCGGCUGUUGAGGUCAGUUUCCAAACCUUGUCAGACCAGGCUCAGAGCAUGCAGACUGGGCUUCUUCAGGCAGAGGGCAGUCUCCAGAGCCUGGAGAAGGAAUUGCGUGGAUCAUUGGACCGGGCUGAGCGGAACAGCGAAGAGUUAGAGGCCAGGGUGAAGGUCUUGGAGGAAAGCAUAGAUUCUGUCCAGGUGCCUGUGAAAGAGCAGGUGGCCAAGCUGGAGUCCAGCCUGGCCAUGAUUGACUUUCAUGACAGCACACUUGCUACUCUGACCAAGGAUUUUGAGGAUGGAAAGGAAAAUGCUGAGCAGAGAGCCCAACAAUUACAGGUUAUUUUGGAAGAAAUGACCCAUUGCCUAGCCCUAGGCAAUCAAGCAGAAGCACUGAAGAAUGAUAUGGAUGAGCUUAAGAGUACAGUGCCUGGUUUAGACAAUGCACAGGCUGAACUGGCCUCAGCCCACUCUAGUCUGUCUCAGCGACUAGAUGCCCUAGAGCAGACAUUAAACACCCUCAGAGAGACCAUUACAGAAUCCCAAGUUACAAAUGAACUGAGGGCCUCUCUUAGCCAGGUCCCAAAUGACCUGCAGCAGCUUAGGAUCGCAGUAGACAACCUGGUAGCUUACUCUGUGAAAGUGGAGAGACAUGAGGAAGCCAUUUAUUCAAUGCAGAAAGACUUGGAGAAGACUCAGACCACUGUGGAUGUACUAUUCAAAGCACCGAUGUCGCCUGAAUGGAAAGAAUAAGCUAUGUGGAGACAUGGAGAAGGACAGUUGCCUCUUAGAUGCCUGACAAAUCAUUCAUUCCUUCAUACUGCAGUUUUUACAUUGAAGACUUAUCUACUUGAUUUGUAAUACAAAUCAUUUCACAGUUUAACUAUUUGGGUUUCAUGAGAAAAAAAUUGUACCAAAAAAUGUUGUCAUACAUUUUAUAUUAAGCCUUAAAACUCUCUUGGGGAAUACCCUAUUCCUAAAUGUGGAAUUCAUCCUUAGAGACCAAAAAACUCUAGAUGGAUGCCCAAGAGAACCCAAGAAGGAAUCCCAGCUAUGCAAAAUAAUAUUGACAGCUAGGGCUGCACGAUUUAUCGAUUUCAAAUCGAAAUUGCGAUUUGAAACAACGCGAUUAGCAAGUCGCAAAAAUCACGAUUUAGGAUAUACAUUAUACGUCGGACCCAGUGUUUAAAACUGCUGUG